UCGAGGAUUUGAGUGACUGACAGGCACCUCCAAACUGCAACUCUCUCUCUUUCUCUCUCUCUCUCUCUAUAUAUAUAUAUAUACACAUCAUCCACAAUCUAAUAUAUAACCUAUGUACAAUAUAGCUGAGAAUAUUUUUGAGUCUCUAAAUUUUCCUCUGCAUUUUAGUGCUAAAUGAGUGUAGAAAAACUUUCUUGCUUAAAAAACAAACUCUAUUUUAGGAGUAAGCUGCUAUGAUGAUGCGAUGAUUCACAAGGGAAUGAAUAAAAUGCAAUCCAUGCAAAAAACACAGUUGCACAAUAAAUUCUGCUUUUGUUGUUGCUUCUUUCUUCUCAGUUUAAGGUUCCUAGCUGACAUCCGGAUCCAUAAUGUUCUAAAGUUCACAGAAAUCCAGAAAUAUUUGCUGAAUUUUGCUGAAUCUUAUUUUUGGGUAAAAUAACAAUAUUCUAUUUUAUAAUAUUCUGUUAAAACACACACAUACACAACAACAGAGAGAGAAGAAAAUCAAAAUAACUUUAUGUUGUCCAGAUGUUGCAAAAGGGGCUUUUUUGAUAACUAACUACAGUAUGUGCAUCAUCACUGCACUGCACAUUUUAUCUGUUUAUAACAUGUCUUCUUUUGUUGCCCUUAAUUAUUAUGGGGCCCAGCUAACAUGAACUGUUACUUGGGAAUGUUCUUGGUCUACCGUUUAAGUAUUUCCCCAAAUAACAUUUUAAUUAUUUGUUUACUUUCUAAAUCUAAGAACAAUCUGAUCACUUUUGCAGGCUUCAAAUUGUUUUAUUACAUAGUCUAAAUUUGCCAGAUUAGAAAAAGAUUUUUUUUUUAAUAGUAUUUAGAAUUACUUGCCACAGAUGUUUAGUUGGAUUUAGGUCUGGACUUUGGCUGGGCCAUUCUAACACAUACAAAUAUAUUUUUACCUAAACCAUUUCACCCACACUGACCAGCUUUCUUGUCCCUGCUUGGUCAUAAUACAUAGGCUUUGAUUUAAACCAUUCUGUUAUGGCUCUGGCUUUGCGUUCUGCUAGAAAGUAACCACUGCCCUAUACUCAAAUCUUUUGCAGGUUUUCCUCCUGCUCUAGGGACUGACAUAGUUUGUUUUAAAAUUAACAUCUGUAAAAAUGGCUUUGGUUGUCUUUUACAUAGCAGAAAGGUAAAUAUUUAACUUUUAGUUGUGAAGCUUCAGCAAAACUUUGCACCGUGAUGCAGUUGGUAGCGCUGUUGCCUUGCAGCCAGAGGGUCCUGUGCUCCAAUCCAGUCCUGGGAUCUUUCUGUGUGGAGUUUUCUUGUCCUCCCCUUGCAUCUGUGAUUUUUCUCCAGGUAAUCCAGCUCCCUUCCACUGUUGACGUUAGGUUGAUUCGUCUCUCUAAAUUAAGUGUGUUUGUUAAUGGUUGUGUUUCUGUGAUGGACUGGGAGGAUGGACACUUCUGCUUCCAGCCCAAUGACUGCUGGAGAUAGGCAACAACAGCCGCACGCCCCUCUUUUCAAUAAUUUUCGAAUUUAUUGAGUUGGUCUGUAUAUAAUAUAAUAUAAUAUAAUAUAAUCGGGCAAAAAACUGUUCAGAAACCCAAAUUAGUUAAAACCUUUUUAAAACUAGCAUUUUAGCAGUAAACUGGAAGAUAAAGGACGUCCUUCUCAAAAUAAAAACAGAGCAGCUUUUUGAAUAGCAUUCAUUGGUGGCGUUGUGCUGUCAGUCAAAUGUGGGUGGUAUCAGUUGACAAAUGAGACUUCCAGUAAGUCCUCUUCACAUGCUGUACAACAUAGUCAACAGGCGUUACGGAACAUCAGACGGAACAUCACCACGACUGGACAACAUAAACAAACCAGCGCUCCAGCAGAUCCGACCCACCAGCUCCACUUUAUUCCCCUGGAAAGAUCACUCGGAUGCAGACUUUUUAAAACUGUUUCACAGGUUUCCUCCGGGUUGGGAUGUGAGUUCCAGGCAGGAUUUUGCGCCCAGGCGGAGCACUGAGACUUUUCUUGAGUUUCUUAACAUUUCAGAAACGAAUUUUUUACCUUUAAAAGACGCGUCACCCUUAUAUGACAUUGUAACAACACUCGGUCACAUCUUGACACCAUGGCGGAAGCGGCCCAGCAGCCACACCUGGUUGAGAUCGACCCGGAUUUCGAGCCCCUCUCGCGGCCCCGGUCGUGCACUUGGCCCCUGCCGCGGCCGGAGUUCAUCAAUCCAGGAGACUCCAACACUUCGUCGCCGGUGCCAUCCGUGAAACAGGAACCCGGCGUUGGCAAUGCUGAGUUCAUCAACAACCUGAGCCUGCUGGAGGAGAAUGAAGACUUCACGGAGCAGAAGCCGGUCAUCCUGUGCAACGAGUUUCAGUGUCAAGAAAACUGCGCCCACCAGCAAGCUCAACAUCAUCAUCAGCAGCAGCAGCAGCAGCAGCACCCAAACCCGCAACUGCCGCAUCAGCAGCAGGUGCCUCUGCUCUCCACCCCGGUGGGCUCUUCACCUUCGGCGGCCGCCGCAGCCGCCGCAGCCGCUGCACAGAGGAAGAGCAGCUCCUCUCGGCGGAACGCAUGGGGGAAUAUGUCAUAUGCAGACCUCAUAACCAAAGCUAUCGAAAGUUCUCCAGAGAACAGACUAACUCUGUCUCAGAUUUAUGACUGGAUGGUGAAGAGUGUGCCUUACUUCAAGGACAAGGGAGACAGUAACAGCUCGGCAGGCUGGAAGAACUCCAUUAGACACAACCUCUCUCUGCACAGCCGCUUCAUCCGCGUCCAGAACGAAGGGACAGGGAAGAGCUCAUGGUGGAUGUUGAACCCGGAAGGUGGGAAAAGUGGAAAGUCCCCACGACGCAGAGCAGCCUCUAUGGACAACAACAGCAAGUUCACAAAGAGCAGGGGAAGAGCAGCAAAGAAAAAGCUGUCUCUACAGGGUGGCCCCGAAGGCAGUGCAGACAGCCCAGGCUCCUACUCCAAGUGGCCUGGCAGCCCAAACUCCCACAGCAACGACGACUACGACGCCUGGAAUGGCUUCAGGCCUCGGACCAGCUCCAACGCCAGCACUGUUAGCGGCCGCCUCUCACCCUUUGUGUCUGAGGAUGACCUGGGGGAAUCCGAUGUGCACAUGGGUUACCCAGGAGCUCCGGGAUCAAAGAUGACAGCCACGCUACCCAGUCUCACAGAGAUGACUGGAUCUCUGGGACACAGUUCUGAGAAUGUCAUGGAGAACCUCCUGGACAACCUGAACUUGCUGUCGCCUAACAACGCACAGGUUGGAGGGGGGGCCACAACCCCCGGCUCCUCCCAGUCAUCUCCCUCACCGAUGAUGCAGCAGAGCCCAGGUUACCCAGCCUACAGCUCCCCGAGCAUGGGCUCACAGUCGCAGCAGGAGUUCCACGAGUGUGUCUAUGGACAAGCCGGGAUGAACACUAUAUCAUCCAUGUCUCUGCAGACUCUAUCAGAAAGUAAACCUGGCUUUGUGCCCAGCAUGGGGCAGUACAGCUGCCCCGCAGGGCUCCUGAAGGAACUGCUGACGUCAGACACCGACCAGCACAGCGAGCUGAUGCCGUCAGUGGACACAGUGGUGUCUCAGACAAGCGGGGGCUGCAUGCUGCCACCAUACAGCAGUAGCCAGCAUGCAGCCAAACUAAUGGCUGGAGGGAACGCUCACCCGCACGGUCUCUCUCACUCCCACCCCCACAACAUGCACAGCCAAGGCCCGGCCACAUCACCGGCUAUGAAUGGCCGCUUGCUCAUGUCACUGAGCUACAACGGGGGAAGCAUGCGUUUACCUGUCGCCAAAAGCCCCAUGCAGAUGCCUUACGGCCUCCCAGGGCACCUCAGUGGGGGAGCCAUGCCCGGCAGCUUCUGUCCUCUUAACACCAACGGGUACGGCCGAGCAGGCAUGUCUGUACCCUCGCACAUGGAGAAACUUCCCAGUGACCUGGAUGACAUGUCCAUCGAAAAGUUUGAGAUCGACGUAGAGAGGGUUCUCCAUGAAACUCUCAUGGACGGGGACUCUCUGGACUUUAACUUUGAGCCAGUUGUGACCCAACAAGGUUUCCCACAUGGAGUGAAGACCACCACGCACAGCUGGGUGUCUGGGUAGAAAGUGAAGGCAAUCAGUGAUUUAUUCAACUGACACAAUGCUGUUUGGGCAAAGAAAGAAAAUCAAAUGAUAUGAGACAAAGGUUCUCAUCCGAAAAAACAUUCCUGCUCCAAAAUGAUACCAUGUCUGUAGAACUCUGGGGACAUGUCAACCUUAGAGCCCAUGAAGAGGAGAUCAGGAUUUUUUUCAAGUGCCAAACAUUUUGCCUUAACAGGAGAGCCGAAUCCAAACAGGUACAGUGUCUUGAAAAGUAUUAAAACCCCUAAAAGUUUACAUAUUUUAUCACAUUGCAAUCACAAACUUCAUUGUUUUUUCCUAGGAUUUUAUGCGAUAGACCAAUCUAAUAUUAGUGUGAGAAUAAUACCUGUUUAAGAUUUUUUACAACUAACAAUCUGAGCCAGAUUGAAGAACCACCUUUCACUGCGAUUACAGCUCCAAGUGUUUUAGGGUCUUUUAGGUUAUGCCAUAUUUGCACAUUUCGAGACUGACAAAUUUGACCAUAAUUAGAGACCAAUAUUUAGAUACAAUAAUAUUUACCAAUUACUCUUUGCUAAAUAGCCUAAGCUCAGUCAUACUGGAUGGAGAACAUCUGUAAACAGAAAUUUUCAAAUGUUGCCACAGACUCUCAGAUUUAGAGCUGCACUUUGACUGGGACAUUCUAACACAUGAAUAUGCUUUGAUCUAAACAAUUCCAUAUUAGCUGUUACAGCAGAUUUAGGUUUGUUUUUUUACUGCUGCUAGGUGAACCCCCACCCCAGCCUCAAGUCGUCUGCAGUCUCCAACAGUAUUCCUUCCAGUAUUGCCCUGAAUUUUCCCUAUCCAUUUCCCCAUCAAAUCCCAGUCAAAAAACACAUCCCCACAGCAUGACGCUGCCACCACCAUAUUUCAGCAUGCAUAUGGUGGGCUCAGGGUGAUUUGCAGUAUUAGUUUUCCUACUUAAAUAAUGUUAUGUGUGUACUUCAAGAAGUUUAAAUUUAGUUUUAGUCUUAUCUGACCAGAGCAACAUCUUCCACAUGUUUGCUGUGCCCCCUACCUUACUUGUCACAAAUUCCUAACAACACAUCUUAUUGCUGCCUUUCAACUAUGACAUUAUUACUUCCAUUUAACCAUAAAGGCUAGAUCUGUGCGGUUUUUGACUAACAGAUAUCCUGGUAAUGAAAUCCUCGGGAUGGCAUUUUAUAAAUUAACGCUGCUUCAAAACUCUCUACAUCCUUAUCCAUGACUUGUCUGGUGUGUUCUAUGAUAUUUAUGCUAUAAAUAAACACAGAUUAAGUCUGUUUAGGAAUUAGGUGAAAGCAUUUGGUUGCAUACCACACUUUUCAGAUUUUUAUUUGUAAAACAAUUUUGAAACUAUGUGGGAUUUUCAUUCCACUUCACAAUUAUAUUGUAUUGGUCUAUCACAUAAAAUUCCAUAAAGUUUGUUUUUGUAACUUGACAAAAAGUGGGAAAAGGUAAGGGGAGUAUAAAUACAUUUGCAAGGCACUGUCUUUCCAGUUUACACACAAAAGCUUACAGACAAUGCCAAAUACAUCUCAUUAUCAGCAGCACAGCAAUCAGAAGAUGGCCACACACUCAAACAGUUUGCUGUGUUUCAUCAGUCAAGCUUUUUGUACUGAAUAACUGAUUUCUGCUUCUGACAAAUGAUGAAGGUAACGUGUUGUGUGCGUUUUGGGACUGAAAAGCUUAAAAAUUUGAGAGUUCUCAGAGGACUCCGAAUGACUUUACACGAGAACAUACUUCUUGUCUGAGUGUACAUAAUGUAAUCGAAGAGUCUGUAAUAUUUGGUUUCUUGUUUUGUUCUGUUUUUAUUGAGUUUGUAAAUACCGUUUACAGAAAAGAAACAAAAAUCAAACCAGCAGAAAUGAGAUCAAAAAUAAAAAUAAAAACUGGAUCUUUUAAUUACACGUUAGGUGAACAGGUCAGUCAGGCUGAUUUCUUGUACAUACUUUGCAAAUGUAUAUUAAAAUGAUGCAGUACAUGUUUACUAGAUAUAGUAUAUAUUUGUGAGCUAAGUUAUUUGAGGUUAAUAUAGAUUUAUGCUGGUGCACAAACUGCACUCGGACGAGUUAUUCGUCACUCUGAACCUUAAUACCACAGGGGCCUAUUUGUUGUGCCUAAAAAUAUAGAUUUUUGACUGCAGGCUCAGGCUCAGAAUAUAUUGUAAAUGUCUACGGUCCAGAAGAUGCUCAAAAUAGCAGUCUUGAAGAGAAAAAAAAAAUCUUUAUUUUUAAUAUCCGUUGGCUUUUCUGGUGGUCGAAAAAAAGGUUGUAAAAUGAUGUUGCCGUGGUUUACUGAACACACGCUGGUGCUGUGAAUGUUACCAGUUCUAGACAGUUUGGAUGAAAUAAAUUUCUCAGCGCUGCUGUCGUUUUUCACACAAAUAACCAGCAUCUGCCAGGGCUUUUGGUGUUUUCUUUCUGGUCUCAAAGGUUAGAUUUGAUCCAAAGGAGUGCUCUGAUGCUGUCUGAAAGAACAGCCUUGCUUCUCUAACUCUGCCCUCUCCUACCUCUGCUUAUGAUUGUCUCUUCAAACAUUUACACCUCUUGAUAGUACCUAAUUUUUGUUUCUUAAAACGUUUACUAAAUUUAUUGUCCCUAAAAAAUGCCACUAAGUGUUAGAUGUCUGAUCUUAGCUUGUAUAUUUUCGCAUUUUCUAUCCGUUUGCUGUACCAUCAGACGUUUCAUCCUAUGUAGAGUCAAAAAUGUGAAUAUGUGUCUGAAAACACGACUUCAUCUGAUGAAGUCUGCUCAUCUCAUGGCAAAAAAGUUAAGUGGAUCAGAAAUAAAAAGCUAUGUUUGACAUGUUUACUGUGGGAUUUACAGCACACCCCAUAAUAAUUGGCAACCCCUGGCAAAACAGUGUGUAAAAAACAUCAAAAGGAUUUUUUCUUUUUUUUUUGCAGCAUUAUUUUAUAGCGAUUGUUUUAAAUUCAACCUUUAAUUUAUGUACAUUUAUUCAAUGUCAUUAAAGUAAAGUGAAUUUAGGAAGAUCUUAAUAUGUCCCUUUUCAAAAUGUUAAAGACAAAAGUAAUUAGACUUAUUUCUCAUGGCCACUCUUCAGGAGGGGAUAUACAAGAGAACAUGCCACUAUAGUAAGGCUGAUAUGUAGUGAAUGUUAUAAGUCAGCAAAUUACAAUAAAAUAAUAUGUAUUUUCCUGAAUGAGCCCAUAUUUCAGAGGAAAAGAAAAAAAAAAUCAAAAUAACUGGCACUGUGUCAAACAUUGCUGGAAGAGAACCCCAGUUUAUAUUGUUGUCACACACAGUAUGGAGGAUUGGAAGCUCACUGUCCAACAACUUUGCAGCCUUACUGGUGAAGACUUGUGUUCCUCAAGGCUCAACUUUGGGACUAAUUGUGUUUUUUUUUCUUUUUUUUUAUAUAGAUUAUCUUUUGAUACAUCUACAUACAGCUAUGGUUUGCUUCUACGCAUAUUAUAUAUUUAAACAGUUCUAACCUGUUUUCUUAGUUGCAACAGAUUCUGUUAACUCUAAACAAAAUCUUCAAUAAUCAUAAAUGAAUUUUCUUUUCUGGCAGGUUAAAAUUGAUACUUAAUGGCAAAAGGAUCAAAUGUAGAAUUUACAUGGAAUCAUCUAAAAGUUACUGCACUAGAUGGCACUCCUAUGGAUAGAGUUAUGUUUUAUAAGUAUCUUGGUAACUUAACCUUUGAUUCCCAUAGUUAUAAUGUUCUGAAAAACUAAAGUAUGCUUUUCAUUUUUCUUGAAAAAUAAAAGCUUUCCUUUUGUUGCUUGCAAAAGAUUAGUCUAGAGGACAUUCCUAUCUGUUUUAGAUAUCAUUUUAAGGCUUUUUUUGCACAGCUUUACCAGGGUUGUAAAAAUUUGGGGGUGCUGUAUCUGGAGCAUAAUAAUAGUUAAUCUCAUUUUCUUGAGGACUCUGUGGAUGCAUUUUUUUUUCUAACCUUUUUUGACAUGACUUCACUUUUAAAACAUAGAUAGAUGUUUUGUGAAAACUUCAAUUUUUUGUAUUUAGCAUGAAAAUGGUUAGAUAGAUUUCAAUACAGCCAGAGAGUAAUCAAAUCAAAGAAGAAUAAAACUAAAUUGUUAACCCUUUGAAAAAGCAGAGAAGCCCUCAAACAAGCUGCUGUUUGGCUUUUGUGCCAGGUAAUGCCUUUUCUUACCAAACAUGCCAUUAUUUGUACUAUAGCCAAAUUUGCCUUUAAAGUCGAAGCGACAUAUUCAACGUUUUUAUCAUGUGAUGUGCUCAGAACUAUAUAUAUAUAUAUAUAUAUAUAUAUAUAUAUAUAAACAUAUAUAAAUGUGUAAUUAUAUUUGUGCCGGUCACUCAUGUCAGGAUUAACCGUAAUAAAUCUAUGUAGAUUUACUCUAAAAGCUAAAGAGCUGUACUAAGUAAAUUAUAUCUCUACAUUUUCUCUACAUUUUGAAUCUAUGCAUUGUAUUGCUUAAUUUUAUGUUGCUGUUGUAAUAUUUUCUUUUUCUUUUCUUGAACUUUUAACAAAGAUAUUUCAAUGUAACAUAACGCUGUGAUGUUAUGGUGUUGUUCUUGUCAAAACUCUAUGUUCCUGGUAGUUAUAUGGGGGAAAAAAAAUGAAGUUUAUUUAGAAAAUAGAUGAUGCAGUGAUCGAUAUGCUAAGCUUUUGUCAACAAUGCUGUUUUUAUUGAAAUUAUCUAAGGUUUUUAGAAAAUAGCAACAGAAAGCAAAUUACUUUUAAAUAAUGUAAAGUUAUAUUGCAUUUUUAAAAUUAAAUACAAAAUAUUUAUUCAUCAGAGAAGUCCUGCUCAAGAGGCAUGUUUUGGACCAAUUUAGAUAUUGCACUUUUACUUACAUUUAUUACAAAGGGCUCCUCAUAACAAGAGUUCCCACGACAUAGUUUAGAGUCAAAAUCUGUUACAUUUACUUAAUUCAAAAAAUAAACUGAAAUUGUGAAGUCUGAUUUGCAAUGAUAAGAAAAUGUAAUAUUGUUUGAUAUCAAUGUUUUCAGAUCUAAAUAAAUGUACUUCUGUGUAAAAGAUGGA